AUGCUUGUCGCCCAGGAUGGUAGUCUACUUCUCAGUGCCGGUGAUGAUGCUGUGCUGAAGAUAUGGAGUUUACGAUCGGGAGAACAGUGGCAAGAAAUUUUUUGCACGUUCCACGGGCCUAUUGGGGCAAUUGCGUGGGUUGAUCUGGGGGGCGGAUUGGAUCGAGCCUUCGUGUUCGGUUGUGGCGAUGGGUCAAUACAUUUGUAUGUGCGAGAUGAUGCGACUGAUGUCUUUCUUUUUCGUUCACUUGUGUGCGCUCACAAGGGAUACGUGGAGGAUAUUCGAUUCGAUCCCAGCCAUGGUCGACUAGUCACUAUUGGACAAGGAGCAGUUCAAGUGUGGAGGUUUGAAUCGGAAGGUUCGAUAUCUGCUGUAUGGGCAACGAAGCCUCGUAAGGAUUACAUGGCUUGA